CAAGAUGGCGGAGUAGGAUACACUUAUUCUGCUGAUGACUCUUUGCUGUUGUGUUUUUAAUGACUAUGCAUAAAAUGUAAUAUUAUUAUGUGAAUGUAAAUGUUUCCCGGGUGCAUUACAUUAUAAUUGUUUAUUCUUGUGAACUAAUAACCGUGUGCAUCAUGGAUAUGACUAUUGUGAGCGAUGAAAAUGUUCAGAUGAUCUUGGCCAUGGGAUUUCCCUCCGAAUCCGAAGUUCGGAGAGCACUCCGAAUGGCCAAGAAUGAUCUGGGUGAUGCUGUUGCGAUACUGACAAAUGAGCCACCAACUGCACCAUACUCUGUAGAGGUGAUGGACAUUGACUUGAAAGAUGUGAGAUCAGGUCCAAGCUCAAGCGUAACCUAUGGUCCUCAUCUGCCUCCCACUUAUGAUGAAGUGUGCAAUGACAGUGGACAAAACAAGAUGAUGGAUGCUGCUACCAUGAGUGAAGCAGCAGCAAUGGAGGAAACCAACAGUUUGGAGUUCCCUGUGACAAAUUUGUAUGAGCUGGAAGGCAGAGUGUUCACUGAAAACUGGAACAUCCCUUUCAAGAAAGAAGAAUCCCUUGGCAAAUGUCUUAUAGCUUCUACACGCCUCAUGGAAGCUGGUCUUGCCGAAAGUGAUGAACACUGUCUCAGAUUUGUGGAUCGUUGUAUGCCUGAAGCGUUUCAAAAGCUGCUGACAUCCAAUGCUGUUCACAAGUGGGGCAUUGAUAUUCAAGAGGGAAUUUUCAACAUGCUUGGGCUUCUCGUGGAGCUGGCUGUAGCAUCUUUGAAACAACCCUCGGUGCACUCAGUCCUCAUGGAAUGUCUUACCCUGGCUUUCAACCCUGAGACAGAGUUCCAGAUAAAAAAUCACGGCAAGCGUGACAGCCGCAUCACGUGGGAAGAACGGUUUGAAGGCAGUGAGCCCCCAGCCAUUGUUCCCCCAAGCUCCCAGAAAACCAAUACUAGUAAUCAGAGUCCGUUUGGUUGGUUGACAAACCUCAUCAAUUCUUUUGCAUAUCAGGGAGGCUUUGAUCUUGUGCGGAAGCAUCUUGAGGCGGAGGAUUUGGAUAUCAUGAGCAUGUCACUUUUAUUGAAGCCGUUUGGUGUCUGUGCGGAGUACCUGAACCAAAAUGUGAUGCAGAGUAUGCUGCGGCCGGGUAUGGAGAGAGCCAUCAAGUACAUCCAAAGCCUGGAAGAGAAAGAUUUUAAGGAAAAGAAAAUUGGCAGUGUGUCGAACUUGCUGAGCUCCAUGAAACUGUUGUGUCUGAAGAUGUGGCCCCAGGAUGUGGACAAAUUGGACGACUUGCGUUUGGAGAUCACCCUGCGCAUGCUUAAGUCGCCACACUUCAACGCCAAAAUGAAUGCCUUGAAAGAGGUUACAAAACUGAUUGAGGAUCUGAACAGCACCCGGGUCUCAAAGACUUCCAUUGUGAUACCAGCGGAGAAAAUUCUGGACUGGCUUGUGGAGAACAGAGUUCUCUCCAUUGCUUUAGAAGGAAACAUUGAUCAAGCUCAGUACUGUGAUAAAAUCAAGGGAAUUGUCGACUUUCUUGGCGCCAAACUCUCUGUGGAUGAGUUGGCCAUGAUCUGGAAGAUGCAGAAUGGUCAGACGAACAAUGUGAUAGACAACAUCCACUCCAUCAUUGCUGCUGCUGCUGUCAAGUUUGACCCCAAUCAGCUGGAGCAUCUAUUUUUACUGAUACAAAAGAAAUGGCAGGAUGACUCGGAUCGAAUUCGGGAAAAGUUGCUGAGCUUGAUUGGAAAAAUUGGGAAAGAUGCAAAAUUAGCAAAGACAACAACCAGGGUGCUGGAGCUGUUGUGGGACUUGGCCCACCUGCCUGCCCUGAGCACCCUGCUGGUGGAGCAGGCCUUGGAGGAGCACCAUGCCAUCCUCUCCUACUCCUACAGCGUCAAGGAGCAGGUCAAACUGCAGUACGUCACCAAGUGUGUCGACGACAUCAAAAAGGGAGCCUGUGUGCUGCCAGCGAUUAGACAGCUGAUGUCCAUAAGCAAGAACAUGGUCAAGCAUUUCAAGCAGAAAACGGAUAAGUGUGUCAUCAAUGAGCUGAACAAGAGCAGUGAUGUGAUCAAGCUGGUCACCAACAGCCUGGUCAAGUGUCACAAACAGGCUGUUGCUGUGGUGGGCGAUGGUCAACUCACUCCGGCCACUAUGGUGGAUGGUCGCUACCCACACUCAGACUAUAUGAGCACUCAUCUCAACUUUCUGCAAUACGUGCUGCAAGAGGGUGUCUUGUACUUGGCCUGGAAUCGAGCCCGGGACAUCUGGACAACUCUGGUGGCCAACCCAAAGGCUUGUGAGUGGGACAUAGAGACGUGCUAUGAGUGGUUCCGUAAGGGGAUCACCGACCUGGAGAUCGAGACUCAGAAUCACAUGUUCCAGAAGGAGGUUCUCCGCAUCGAUCCUUCCAAACUGAGUGAAAACGGGUUUAUGUGCUUCAAGUGUUUCUUUGAGAGGGUGAACCAGUAUGAGCACCGACUCAAAGACACCAACAGUUCAAUGGUGGUGGAGAAACCCGACCUGGUGGGGCUGGACUAUCUGUGGGAGAUCUGCCUGCACGUUCCCGACGAAGGCAUCGCUGACCAGGCCAUACAGAUGCUGCUGGCUCUCAGCUACACCAACCUCAACUCACGCUUGAAGAGGGAGCCAGUAUCCUUGCACAAGAAGUUCAUUAAUGAAUGCUACACACGAUUAGAAACUGCCAUGCUAGGCAUGGGAGGUAACUUUGUGGCACAGACUGUGUCGAAUGCCACCAAGAUUGUCACUGCUGCCAUUGUGCCUGACGUUGCCAACGUGCCUCUGCCAUCUAAAUCAAUCAAUUACCUGGCCAUUGAGCGAUUGUUGUGGAUCGCAGAAGCGUACAUCUUGUCUGUAGAGGAAAUUCACUGUGUGCCUCGCAACAUCUUGCCACACGGCGCUUCCUUCCACGGGUUUCAGAUGAAUAUUCUGGUCAAAUGUGAAUCCCCCAAACAGGAGUUUAUGCUGCAGUGUCACAGCAAUGAGACAUUGGGCUCUGUGAGGAGAAAGAUUCUCAACCACUUCAACCAACCUUCAGACCAUGUUCAGAUGCACACCAAUGAGAAACUGUUGUCAAUGACCAAGGACCAGCUCCUGUUGAGUCAGCUGGACUUCAGCGAGGCAAGCGUCCUGCAGGUCCACCUGGGCGCCUCCUCCGCCUCCAAGUCGGGGUCUACGUCGGCCGCUCAGGGCUCGGGGACGGGUUUGCUCGGGAGAGAGUCUGAGUCAGGCAACCAGUCGGAACAAGGCGAAUCUCAAGGUGCUCCUGGCUCCUCCAACUCCGGCCGGUCGGGCAGCACGUCUUCCAUGGCUUCUGUUGGAGUGUUCAGCAAGGAGGAUUCUGAGAAAGGGGCAUCGAGUAAUACAAGCAAGCAAAACUACGACAUUGAACAGGAAAAGAUGCUGCCUGGAGUGGUCAUGGCAAAGGGUGGUGAAGUCUUUGACAAACUGUAUCAGUUGACAGAGCUGGAUGAACCCAAGAUCACCAAGAGAGUGCAGAAACUUCUCAUGCUCAUCCCCACCGACCCAGCCGUGUCAGAUUCGCUAGAUUUGAUUGGCCAUAAGUCCAUGAAGUCGGAGACGUCUUCGACCUCAUCGUCGGAGGAGUUGUCCGGUGCCAAGUCGAGUCCACGUAAAGUGGUGCCCAGCUCUUUGUCCAACCCGCGACUGUCGCCCAAGGAGGCCAUGAAAUACCUGUUUGACAGCAGCCAGCCGGACAUGAGUGCGUUCCGAGUGCUGUAUAAUCUGGAGGUACUGAGCAGCAAACUGAUGCCUACAUCAGAGGAGCCCUCGCUGCGGGCAGCAGCUCAGAGUUUCUGCACCGAGUUCCUGCUCAACGGCGGCCUCUCCCUGGUGGUCAGCGUCCUGCAGCCUGAGUCUCUUCCACCGGAGAUCAACUACGAGAUACGCCAGGGCUGCUACUCCAUUUGUCUACAGCUGGCCAGAUAUCUGCUGUGUGGGCAGACAGUGACCGGGGGUUCUAUUCCCGAGUUGCAAAGAGAAGAGUCAGUCUCAGGGCCAGCAGCGUCGGCAUCAGCAGCGGCUGACCUGAAAGCUUCUCCCUCUGCCGGUGGGGCGAGCAGCGGUGCCAGCAACAGCAACAACAGCGGCAGCAUUAUCAACACCAGCAUGUGGAGCCAGGCGGUUCAGACUCUGAGUACACAGGAGUUUGUGGACACCGUCUCCUGUUUCAUGAAGGUCACAUGGGCGGCGGCUGCUGGCAGGCUCCACCUCCUCAGCUACAACCAGCCAAUCAAAGAGAGUCGUGAUGGAUUUGGGUGUGGCCACCGAAGCAGGCAAAGUAGCACAGGUAGCUCAGCAUCGACCAACAGCGACAGCGACUGCCAGUCUCUGCACGCAGGCGUGUGCUCCCACCAGGUGAACAUCCCCACCAAGGAUGCCAACAUUGCCCGUGAGGCGCUGGAGAUUCUCAUCACUUGUCUGCAGCUCAGGAAGGAAUUGCUCGCUUCGUUCUACACCAUGCCCUGUGUGAGCGACUUUAUCCUAGACCUUCUGGUGGGCUGCCCACUGGCUAACAUCAGGAACGCCACCCUGGCUCAGCUGGUCGCCCUCGCACAGUUGGAGUUGUCCUCGUCCGACGAGGCAGAGUCGGUACAAACACCACGACAGUUUAUCUUGCAACUACUGUUGAAAGCUUACCUCCCCUUCUGGGUCACCUCUUCCAAUGUCAGAGGCACCACUCAAAAACUGCUGACCCAGUGUUCGCAGUAUUUUGAGCUGAGAUGUCGACUCUUGGAGAACUUGUCGCUGUCGGAGCAGAAGAAACUCAACUUUGACGUGAACAGCAUGCUGGAGGACGAGAUUGCCUGGCUCAGCAACUUUGUCCCCUCGCGACACACGGACCUACGCCAGACGGAUAACACGCUGCUGGCCGGACACCUCAAGCUGAUCCGCACGCUGCUCACCUGUGAGGGAGUGGACAAGGUGGAGCACGGCUCGGGCCUAGUGAGUGAUCUCCUGCACGACUUCUUGUUCCCGGCCUCCAAGCUCAUGUUGGACAGCAUGAACCAGACCGCACAGGACCACAACCUGGCUGAGUUUAAUCCAAAGUGUUCCAAUUCAGAGUCACGUGUGGCCGCCCAUGAACUCUUGGCCGAGCUCUCCAACAAAUGUCUGGCCAGCCUGCAGCUGAUUGGCAAAGAGCUGCUCAUGAUGCACCAUCAGCUCACUGACAACGCUAAAGAAUGGGAGUACAUGCCUCCUGUGGAUGGGCGUGCAGCCUGCGGCUAUGUGGGCUUGAAGAAUGGUGGCGCCACCUGCUACAUGAACUCGGUGUUGCAGCAGCUGUAUAUGACGCCCGGCAUCCCUGAGGCUGUUCUGUCUGUGGACGAGGACGAGCCGGAGGAAGACAGCGUGUUCUAUCAGAUCCAGCUGAUGUUUGGCCAUCUCAUGGAGAGCCGACUGCAGUACCACGAGCCGGAGAAGUUCUGGUCUGUGUUCAAACUUUGGGGCCACACGGUCAACAUCCGGGAGCAGCAGGACUCCUUUGACUUCUUCCAGGCAGUCUUGGACCAGAUUGAUGAACACAUGAAGGCAAGUGGAAAGGGUGAGAUCUUCAAGAAAAAGUUCCAGGGAAUAUUUUCUGAUCAGAAGAUAUGCAAGGAUUGCCCCCACAGGUAUGAGAGAGAGGAGGCAUUUAUUGCCCUGAAUCUGACUGUGAAGAAUGCCACGUUGCAAGACUCUUUGGAGCAGUUUGUGAAAGGAGAGCUGCUGGAAGGGGCAAACGCUUACUUCUGUGAAAAGUGUGGGGAGAAGAGGAACGCCAUCAAAAGGAUGUGUAUCAAGAGCCUGCCUCCCAUGUUGUGUAUACAGCUCAAGAGGUUUGGCUAUGACUGGGAGGCCAACAGAGCCCUCAAGUUUGAUGACUACUUCAAGUUCCCUUGGACGUUAGACAUGGAGCCCUACACAGUCGAAGGAAUGGCACGGAGGGAGGGGGAGCAGGCGGAGCGAAGCUCCCUGAGUUCUGACACCGAUGGCCCCUCCUCGGCGGUGGAUGGUGAGGUGGGAAUGGCUGAUCUGCUGAACGGCGACGUGGAACAAGGGGUGGAGGCGGCCUGCAUCGACACGGACCGGAGCCCCAUCCACUACGACCUUGUAGGAAUCGUUGUGCACAGCGGGCAGGCUAACGCUGGACACUACUACUCUUACAUCAGAGACAGGAGAGGUACGGUGCUCACGAACCCCAACAAGGGCAAGUGGUUCAAGUUCAACGACACAGUGGUGGAGGAGUUUGACAUGAAUGACAUGACAGUGGAGCAGGAGUGUUUCGGGGGAUCCUACAAGGCCAAAGUUUAUGACUCCUCGAGCACUUACCCUGAGGAGCGGCUGCGUUACUGGAACGGCUACCUGUUGUUUUACGAGAGGAUUGAAGACCUGCGUUCUCCAGUGACCGCAAAACGCAGCAAGAUCAUCUCAAGGAGAGUCCUGCCGGAGGGAGGAAAACGGAGCCUGAACAGCGACAGCCUGAUGGAGUUAACAGAGCUGGUCCACAAGGGAGAGCGGAAGGGAAUCUUCCUGGACCGGAUGCCGGCCGCCAUACAGCAGGUGAUUCAUGCUGAGAACAUCACCUUUGUGAAGAACAGAGACAUCUACAACCCUGAGUACUUCAGCUUUGUCAGACAGCUCGUGUCAAGGAACAAGUCCUACACCAACCACCCGGACUAUGAGGAGAUGUGUAUCCACACCAUGCAGCUGAGUACAAGGUUUUUGUUCAACACUUACCUACGCACCAGGCUGAAAACACAAGCGGAGAUGGACGAGUGGGUGAAUCUUUUGGACACUCUGAUGUCGUCUUGCAAGGCCGCCUGUUUAUGGCUCGCAAAGGCCGCCUGUUUAUGGCUCGCAGACUACCUGGCCAGCGCUGAGGGGUCAGAGAUGGUCAAGCCAUUUAUCCUGGAGUGCCCGACGCGCGACGUGCGUGUGUUCUUUAGCAAGAUUCUGGAGAGAAUGCUGCACAGUUUUUUCCAGCAUGAUGGAGUGCCUGUGAGUCUGGUUCCUCCCUCUUGCGUGCUGUGCUGUAGUAGCUUGAAGGAUUUUGUUUUGUUUCGAAUAAUUGUACUUUCAUGUGAUAAUGUGUUGCUCUCAGAUCAUCAAAGUAAAGGAGUGGUGUGUCUGUGUAUUCACAUUAUACUAAAUGCUUCCUUUGUCCUAUUUCCUCUACAGGGGACAAAAGCCUGUGCCCACAUGUUUGGGAGGAACGGUUUCAUCAGACUGAUCACGUUUUUGCUUGGAAAUGGAAAAGGGCUUGUGGAGAGUUCCCUCAGAGGAAACCGGUCACAGUUUUGCCCAGUAUCUUCCUGAAAAUGUCUCCUGAGAUGAGCUCCUACGUCUUUGGGGAAGAAUCUCAGAGAUACAUCAAAGAGGUGGUGAUGGCGGUGCGGGAGCUGGCCGGGGGCAACCUGCUGUCUCUAUUUGACAUGUUGCUCUACUGUAGCUUCUGUAACGAGAAGUUCACCGAAACGCUGCUCAAGCAAAUAAUGUGGCAGUACUCCACGGUGCCUUCCAAUGAGCUCAAGCCCAUCUUCUCUUUGCUGACUCAGAUACUGACGUUGGAGGAUCCGCUACAGACAACCCGGCUUCAGCUGGUCAUUGAUGGCUUCAAGGGAGACGACGGGAGGAAAUACGAGGGACUGCAGACGGUCAUUCGUCACAACCACGUGUCGGACAGUCGCAGAUCCUACCAGUGCAUCAAGUUCCUGGUGUCCCUCAUGAACAAGUCGGCCGGGGCCAAGGACUUUUUGCUCAACACGCCCAGCAAGUGGCAGUGGGCCGUCGACUGGCUCACUAAAAAAAUGAAUGAGUACUUCUGGAGUAGCACGACGACCAGUAUGUCCAACGAAGACUCGAACCGCAAGUCCUUCCAGAGGACGCAGAGUGCUCAGUACACGCUGCAAGAAGCCACAGCCCUUCUCACUGAGCGGGAAAGCCACGAGUUUAACAACAACAGCAGCAGCAGCAACGGCAACAGCAAUGGCGGCGGCACCAGCACUGAGCCAGGCCCCGCGGGCAGCAGCGUGGCCCUCGCCACAGCCGACUACGACAACGAUGUCAACAUGCAGGUGGCACCCAGCGUGACCCAGCCCGCCGGGGUGAACGCUGGUGGCACCACGGGACUGACCACUGUGACAACGUCUGCCGUCAGUAGCCAGCCGGUGACCACCACCACCUCUGUCACUAUCACUGUCAGCUCCACGGGAGAGGGACAGCCUAAGGUGCCCGCCCAGCAGCAGCAAGGCUUGCCGGGGGGAGGAGGGCAGCCGGACCCAGACAUGAGUUAAUGCUUCCCGGGGGUAGACCACCAGCAUAGCUCUCAUGAAGUACCCGAACAAGACAGAGACUGGCUUGUGUUCAAAAA